AGCUGCCCCAUCCUGGGGACGCAGCCAUGAGCCAUGAGCCAGCCUACCCGAACCCAGUGCGGCAGAGGGGCGUAGGGGGCCCGCCCGGAGGCGCAGCCCCGGCUGCAGAGCUGACCAGGCGCUUUCCGGCCCCAUAAAGCGCGGGCGGGAGAUGAACGCCGUUUUAUGGAGGCUGCCUGCGGCCCGGCCUGCUUUGAUUCCGGCUGGACGAGGCGCGAGGGCCGACCUCCAAGCUCAUAAACGCGUUGGCUGUGCGCUCCAUCCCCGGGCUCGCGGACCGCGAUAUAAGGCACAGCACCAGGGCUUCAGGGUCAACCACCCGCCGUCACUGCCGCCGCACCAUGUCCUGCCUCUCCGCCCGCCUCGGUGCCCCUUGCGGGGUCCGCACCUUCAGCUGUGCCUCGGCCUGCGGGCCCAGGCCCGCCCGCUGCUGCAUCACGGCCGCCCCCUACCGUGGCGUCUCCUGCUACCGCGGCAUCACCGGGGGCUUUGGCAGCCUAAGCGUCUGCGGGGGCUUCCGCUCCGGCUCCUGCGGCCGCAGCUUCGGAUACCGCGCCGGCGGCGUGUGCGGCCCCAACCCACCUUGCAUCACCUCCGUGUCGGUCAACGAGAGCCUGCUUGCUCCCCUCAACCUGGAGAUCGACCCCAAUGCGCAGUGCGUGAAGCAGGAGGAGAAGGAGCAGAUCAAGUGCCUCAACAGCAGGUUCGCUGCCUUCAUCGACAAGGUGCGCUUCCUGGAGCAGCAGAACAAGCUGCUGGAGACCAAGUGGCAGUUCUACCAGAACCGCCAGUGCUGCGAGAGCAACCUGGAGCCACUGUUCAAUGGCUACAUCGAGACGCUGAGGCGGGAGGCCGAGUGUGCGGAGGCCGACAGCGGGAGGCUGGCCUCUGAGCUCAACCACGUGCAGGAGGUGCUGGAGGGCUACAAGAAGAAGUAUGAAGAGGAGGUGGCACUAAGGGCCACCGCUGAGAAUGAAUUUGUGGCCCUGAAGAAGGAUGUGGACUGUGCCUACCUGCGCAAGUCGGACCUGGAGGCCAACGCAGAGGCCCUGAUCCAGGAGAUCGACUUCCUGCGGCGGCUGUAUGAGGAGGAGAUCCGCGUCCUCCAGUCCCACAUCUCAGACACCUCAGUCAUCGUCAAGAUGGACAACAGCCGGGACCUGAACAUGGACUGCAUUGUGGCUGAGAUCAAGGCUCAGUACGACGACAUUGCCAGCCGCAGCCGGGCCGAGGCCGAGUCCUGGUACCGCACCAAGUGCGAGGAGAUCAAGGCCACAGUGAUCCGGCACGGGGAGACUCUGCGCCGCACCAAGGAGGAGAUCAAUGAGCUGAACCGCAUGAUCCAGAGGCUGACCGCCGAGGUCGAGAAUGCCAAGUGCCAGAACUCCAAGUUGGAGGCUGCAGUGGCCCAGGCUGAGCAGCAGGGUGAGGCCGCCCUUAACGACGCCCGCUGCAAGCUGGCUGAGCUGGAGGCUGCCCUGCAGAAGGCCAAGCAGGACAUGGCCUGCCUGCUCAAGGAGUACCAGGAGGUGAUGAACUCCAAGCUGGGCCUGGACAUUGAGAUCGCCACCUACAGGCGCCUGCUGGAGGGCGAGGAGCAGAGGUUGUGUGAGGGCAUUGGAGCUGUUAAUGUCUGUGUCAGCAGCUCCCGGGGCGGGGUUGUCUGCGGGGACCUGACCGUGUCCGGUUCCCGGCCAGUGACGGGCAGCGUCUGCAGCGCCCCCUGCAGCGGGAACCUGGCGGUGAGCACCGGAAUCUGCGCGCCCUGCGGACCGAGGUGUGGCCCCGGUCCCUCGGUGCGGUUUGCAUAGCGCCUCCCGCUUUGCAACACACCUUACAGCGAGAGAGCAGUCCUCCAGCGGCUGGUCCCUGAGCUCUGAAAGGCCCUAGGCUUGAGGCGAAGGGGCUUCAGAACCGGCCCUCUGGACUCUCCCAACUGCUGCCUUAUCUCCUUGCAUCUCUCUCCCCUCUUGUGUGCUUGGUUCUUCCCGGGAGGCCGGGCUCCUGGCCCGCGCAUCUGGCAGCUCACCCCACCCACACCCCCAGGAGUCUAAAUUACUGGGUUCCUCGCAGCCCUGGGCAAAGAUCCAGUCCCGACUCAGGCUGCUCUGGGGGCCUGGACGCCGGUGACUUCUGAGGGUCAGACUGGCCCCAGGGCCACUCAAGUGUGGGCGCGCUGCGCUGCGUGCUGUGGCUCCCCUGCCUUCCAAACCUUCGCACAGUGACUGAGUUUGCAUCUCGGAGGAGACGAUUUUCCGCAGCAACCUCCUCCUGUCCCUCUCCCUCACACUUGGUUUCCAUGUUUCCAAUAAAGCUCAUGGGGCAUAUGUAAUCCGC